CGUAUGAAACUAAGCAACCAUCUAGCCCGACUUUCUGGGAAUCAGAUUGCCGCCAUGCUUGCAUGCAACACGUAGCUGUCCCAAUUUGUUGGUAGGUAAAUAGGUUGUUCUGCUGCCAUUAAACGUGUGUGAUGACGUGCUAAGAUGGCUCACAGCGAGAGGCUUGAGAAAUCCCUGCCGAUGAUUCUCUUUGGAAUCCUCGUGUGGUUUUGCCUGCUGUCCUGCAUCUGGUGCCACGAGCUUACAGUUCUGAAUCUUCAUGGAAUGCAAGCCACUCAGGUCUCGACUUAUUCACACCGUGGAGUAAACCUUUCAGCAGAUCUAGCGAUAGAUAAUGAUCUAAGAACACAAGUGGAAGAGUUUAGUUGCGCCCACACCAUGUACGACCCACAUCUCUGGUGGAAGGUGGACCUUGUAGCGAGUCACUGCCUUGGUCAUAUCACCCUCGUCAAUAGAGGAGGUUGCUGCAAUGAGCGUUUGUCUGGUGCCAUCGUGCGAGCUGGCAUAGAGAGCGACAUUUUAAAUAAUGCCGCGUGUGGAUUACCAGUGACAACAGACCAAGCAUCGAUCCCUGGGGCACACUUACAGUUUGUAUGUGACCCUCCCGUGAUUGCCCGGUACGUCAGUGUGGACGACGCAGAUCACUCAAACCGCCCAUACGACGACAUCCUAACACUUUGCGAAGUGAUUGUUGAAGAGUACCCCAUGGAAGGCUGCGUUCAAAUGACAACCGCGACGACCAUGGACAAGGCUUUACCAGUUGCUGACAUACUUUCCUCAUUGCUAUUCGAAGGGAAAUAUAUUGUGGAACCACGCCCUCUAUCGGUCCUUUACAUGAAGUCACCAAUGCAAUGUUUCCUAAGUUGUAAAAUGAACGGGUAUUGGUCUUUCGACUACGUCAUGACUUCUGGUCAGUGCAGGCUCUACGAUGUAAAGGCUGGAGACUUGAAGGCAGAUGAUCAGCCAGGCUGCUUGGUGUAUGCAGUAGUCCGUGGCUAGACCACUGAUGACUAAUUACCAUAAAUGGAAAUUAUCUCAUAUAUGAAUAUUAUGAUUAUAGUGUCUGACAUUAAUGAUGGUAUUCAGUUGCUUUAAUGAGAGGUUUGAAUCAUUUUUGCAUUAUGCAGAGACUAACUAAAUUAACCGUUUUAAAUUAUGAAUUAGCAGGGCUUUAACGAAAAUUGCAACUUCUGCAUUAAUGCUUUAAAUCGAUAGUAGAAUAAUGUUAAUAAAAGUCCCACUUGUAUCUGGGUACCAAUUUACCAAAUUAAUAGGUUAUUUUAAAGGAACACGUUGCCUUGGAUCGGUCGAGUUGGUCUUUGAAAAGCGUUUGUAACCGUUUGUUAUGA